GUUACCUCUCCACAGCCCUUCAAAUCCACCACUUCAACAGCCAACCCGCGGAUCAAGAAAGAAACAGCCAACCCAAUUUCAAGUUCCACCUCAUUCCCACUCCCACAUCAAAUUAAUCCCAAUUCCAUCCAUCCAUCCAUCCAACCAAACACGCCCUAACAGACCCAUAUAUAUAAUUUGCCAAACAUUAUGUUCAGCCGUAUUCCCCGCCUUUUAAUCCCACCUCUCCAUCAACCCCCUUAAGUAUUAUUACCCAUUUCCUAAAACUCCCCAAAAAAAAUCAAGAAAAGAACAAGAGAAAAAAAUGAUUCUUUCGGUGGUUCUUGCUCUGUUUCUACCCUGCGCCGGGAUGAGCGUGGUGUUCCUGAUUUAUUUAUGCCUGUUGUGGUGCGCGACGAAUAACCACCGGGGCGACAUCGGGUUGCCGGUAAAACAGCCGGCGGAGAAGGGUCUGUCCGCGGCGGAGCUGGAGAAGAUGCCGAGGGUGACGGGGAAGGAGCUGGUUAUGGGGACGGAGUGCGCCGUGUGCUUGGACGAGAUAGAGGGGGAGCAACCGGCCAGGGUGGUGCCCGGUUGCAAUCACGGGUUUCACUUGCUGUGCGCUGAUACGUGGCUUGCGAAGAACUCUGUUUGUCCUGUCUGUCGGGCUCAGCUCCAGCCCCAGAUAGUUGAUCCUCCAGACGACAAUCCCUGCUAAAAAAACGAUCGAGUCCGAAUCGUCCAUUGCAACAAUCAAAGAUCAAGAUUACCGAGAUGAAACUAAACUAUUGAUUGCCGAGACGGAUGGCUCAAAUCAUGUAGUAUACCCCCAUAAGUUCGCCCAUUUUGAGCCUCCCCUCUGCUUUGCUAAUGAUGGGUUUUUUUUUUUUUUCUUUUUCAUUCGAUUUCUUCAGAGCUAGUGUCAUAGUCGACUUUUGGCACAUAUGUUUGUGGAGUCAUAAGUAUUGCACAAUGAUUAUUAGAUUGAUGAAUUGAGAUUUGAGUCUCCUUUGUUUA